AUGAAGAUCACCGCUAUUCUCUCCGCUCUCGCAGCGGCCACCCUGGUCUCUGCAGGCAAGUUUCACAUUCCCAAGGAUGCCACCGUCGAGCUCCAGCCCCACGGUUACAUCAUCCAAUACCAGGACAACGUCUCCCGUGCCAACGCCCACUCCAACCUCAAGAAGCAUGCCAUCGACUACAAGGUCCGUAACGAGUACGAUGUCUUCAACGGUGCUGCCAUCACCGUCAAGUCUGACCAUGAUGGUGAGGCCCUUGCCACCGUCCCCGGUGUCAAGCACGUCUGGCGCAUCCAGCGCUACUCGCUCCCCAAGACCACUAGUAACAGUGGCGGCAAGGUCGACGAGGAGAACUCUCUCCACCACAUGACCGGUGUUGAUGCCGCACACAAGAAGCUCAAGUUGACCGGAAAGGGUGUCAAGGUCGGAAUUGUUGACUCUGGUAUCGACUACAAGCACCCCGCCUUUGCUGCCGAAGGUGCCACUGAGGGAUGCUUCGCUCGCUAUGGCAAGAACUGCCGUGUCAAGUAUGGUUGGGACUUUGUUGGUGAUGCUUACACCUCAUUCAACAACCCCAUCCCCGAUAGUGAUCCCAUGGAUUGCGGCGGUCACGGUACCCACGUCGCUGGUAUUGUUGGUGGUAACGCCUCUAACAUCAAGGCCGGCCCCAAACCCCUCGUCCCCUGGGUUGGUGUUGCCCCUGGUGUCACCUUCGGUGCCUACCGUAUCUUCGGAUGCGAGGGCUUCACCAGCACCGAUGUCAUCCUCGCUGCUAUGGAGAUGGCCUUCAACGACGGCAUGGAUAUUAUCAACAUGUCCUUGGGUGGUGGAUCUGCAUACAAGGAGAACCCCACUUCGAUUCUUGCCGAUAAGCUUGUCUCUUUCGGCAUGAACGUCGCCGGUGCUGCCGGAAACGACGGUACCGAGGGUGUUUGGAUGGUCUCCGACACUGGUCUCGGUGAGACCUCCACCUCGGUCGCUUCCUUCGAUAAUGCCUACGGUGCCUACUACACCGUUUCUUAUGCCGGUGGCAAGUACCCCUACAACUUCGCAUCUGCCUGGGGUAAGGCCAUUAGCCUCCCUGCCUCGGCCACCUUGUUCCCCCUCUUCGACAAGGCUGGCGUCCUUCAGGAUGGAUGUGACGCAAACGCCUACAAGGGCCUCGAUGUCAAGGGCAAGGUCGUCCUCGUCCUUGGUGACUACUCUCGCUGCGGCUCCGUUGCACGUGGUGAGGUUGCCAAGACUGCCGGUGUUGCUGGUAUCCUUGCUGCCACCACUCCCUUCGGUAUGAGCAACUUGGCUGGUGCUCCUGGUUUGCCCAUGGCCUCGAUCGAAAACCGUGCUGGCGAGGCUCUCCUUGCUGCCUACAAGAAGAACCCCAAGAAUGUCCUUACCUGGGCCAAGGAUCCCUCGAGCGUCAAGGUUGAAGGUGGUGGAGCCCCCGCUGAGAUGUCAUCCUAUGGUCUUGAUGGUGAUCUCCGCUCUAAACCCGAUAUUGGAGCCCCCGGUGGAAACAUCUACUCUACUUUCCCUCGCGCCAAGGGUUCGUACGCCCUCUUGUCGGGUACCUCCAUGGCCACCCCUUACUACGUCGGAUCCCAGGCUUUGUACUAUGAGAAGACCAAGUCCAAGCCCAACGGUGUCGACAUCCGCCGUGUCUUCAAGAACACUGCCACCAUUUCUAAGAACUUCCAGUCUAAGACCUUUGCUUCUGCCGCCAAGCAGGGUGCCGGUUUGAUCAACGUCUGGAACGCCUUGACCACUACCACUCAUGCUUCCCCUGAUCGCUUCGACCUCCUCGAUUCUGACAACUUCCGUGGUGUCCAGAAGAUCACCAUUAAGAACAUUGGCAAGAAGACCGAGACCUACACCUUGUCCCACGUUCCCGCCGAUGCUUUGAACUCGUACUCCAAGGGUAACGCCUGGCCCCACGCCAAGCCCAUCAUCGAGGCCGACUAUGCUACCGUCAAGUUCUCUGCCAACAAGGUCAAGAUCCCUGCUGGCAAGUCUGUCAAGGUCACUGUCACCUUCACGGAACCCAAGGCUGGUAAUGCGAAGCAUUUCCCUAUUUACUCUGGAUACGUCGUCGCUACCCCCUCUCGUGAGGAUUCCCCCGCUGUCCAUGUUCCCUACAUCGGAUUGAAGGGCAAGGUCCGCAACGUUCCCAUCAUGGAUACCGAUCUCGGUCUCCCCUUGGCCGGUGUACGCAGGCAGAACGGCGACCUCGAGGAUAUCCCCUCGGAGGACUUUAUCUUCAACUUCAAGACGGCUGCCCCCGCCGUCAUUGUCCGCUUCGCCUCCCACACCCCCAACUUCACCAUCCGUAUCCACGAUGCCAAGACCGACAAGUUUUUGGGUUACGUCGUCUCGGGCUCGAACGUUGCUCUCGGUGCGACCGGUCGCAUGACCAACCAGGACGAGGGCAAGUACUCUGCCGCCACCUUUGACUGGCGCGGUUUUGUCCUCCAGACCGAGGACCUCUCCUCCAAGCCUGUCAAGUUGGGUGCUGGCUCUUACAAGAUCUACGUUGCCUCCCAGCGCAAGUUGACCAAGGGCGCUUACCCCGCCGACUUUGAGGUCUUUGGCUUGGGCACCUUCAACGUCUCUGCUUAA